AUGGCGGAGAAUGAGAUCCGGCUAGCAGUAGGAGGAGGAGACAGUAAUAGUGUUGCGAUAACAGUAGCUGCGAAUCUGGGAAACAAAAAGAAGAUUCAGAAACUUCCACUUCACUUGCGUUACAAGGAGGACAGCGACUUCUACGAUCCUAGAGUAGUGCCCAUAGGGCCAUACAACUAUGGCCACCCAUCGCUGCAGCUCGUCCAGGGAAUCAAGUACAAGGUGUUGGAUCAUUUCAUUUCCAAUAAUUCUUCUUCUUCUUGGCAGAAGGAUUAUGAGUUCUACUUUAAGAAGAUGUUGGAGGUGGUGGAUACGGCCCGGAGCUGUUACAUAUUAUUGGAGAAUAAAUAUCCAUUUGAUGAUCACCGGUUAGCUGAAAUAAUGCUGCUGGACGCCUGCUUCCUAUUGAAUCACUUCCUGAUCACCACCGAUGAUGCUGUUUUAGCCUGGGGGUAUUACUCACCACUGGAUAUUACAACCUUGAUUGACGCGGCUGGAGGGCUUGCUUUCACAGAAUGCGACAUGUUAUUGCUUGAGAAUCAGAUCCCACUCUGGAUUAUUGAGCUCUUGUUUAACGCCAGAUAUUGUAAUCCCCCCCAUACAUGGAAACAACUACUUUCCAUGAAAUGCCAACAAGUGGUUUGGGAAGAGAUUGUGUUCAAGAAUGUUGAUGAGCUGGAAAGACAUGUUAACCUGCAGCAUGAUGAUGAAGCACCGCUUCAUCUGUUAGAGUAUUGUCAUAUGCUGAUGGUGAGCCGCCCCCACUCUGCAGAAGCAGCAGGUAUAGGUAACGCCCCAACAAUGUCAACACAACAGUUAAUAGAUGAGCACGGGUAUUUAUUUAGUUCGGUCAUGGAUCUUAAAUCAAAGGGCAUUCAUUUUAGGCGCAACUAUACUGAUUAUUCUCUGAGGGGCAUCAAAUUCGACUCUACUCUUCUGCGAGCAGAGGUUAAGCUUCCCGUUUUUGAUGCAUCCACCGUUACCCGAGUUUGCCUCCAAAACAUGAUAGCUUAUGAGCUCUGCAACUAUAGACGUACGCAAUUUGUGGUAGGUAGCUACAUCAACUUUAUGAAAUCACUCAUUGUUUCUCCUGGAGACGUUAAGGAGCUAAGAGAAAAGUGCAUUAUAAGAAGAGCAAUUGGAGAAGACAACGACAUUGUCAAGUUGUUCCAUGGGCUAAACACUUAUGGCUUUGAUAACCCCGCCAUCUUCAAGGAAGUCAAGCAUAAAAUCCUAAAACAUUACAAUAGCAAAACAAAGACGUGGAUGGUUGAAAUCGCCCACACUUAUUUCAAAUCCCCAUGGACUGCUAUAGCUUUAUUUGCUGCUACUUUUCUUCUUGUUUUAACUUUUUUGCAGACUUAUUUCACCAUUAACCCGCGCGGUAACUAG